AUGGAUUAUUCGGGAAGAGUCAAUUCUAAAAAGGGAGCGGGCGGGAUAGCUAGUGCCGAAGACACAAAUGUUAGCACAAAGAAAAGGGUGCAAGAGCUUUUAGCCACCCACAUCUUGGACCUAGACAAUGAUCCAUACGUCUUCAGAAACCAUCUUGGCUUGCUCGAAUGCCGUCUUUGCCUCACGACGCACAAUAACGAGGCCUCAUACAUUUCCCACUUGGGUGGAAGAAAGCAUCAUCUAAAUUUGGAGAGAAGACGUAUUUUGGACGAGAGGCAGCAUCAGGGCCACCUUUACGAGCAGAAAGUCAACCAGCAAAUAUCAAUAAGCAACGUUGACAAACGAAGUUGGAAAAAGAUUGGGAAGCCCGAAGUCAAGGUUGAGAAGAUACGGCAUCCUCAGACAUUACAGGUUGGCAUACUUUUACGAAUGAAGGCUCCCAGGAUAACUGCGGAGGAGCCGAUCCACAGGUUCAUGUCCUAUUUUGAGCUAAAUUCCAAGAGCCAAAAUCUGCUUUCGAAUUACUUGAGCAGCCGUGGUGAUGAUGAUCUGGAUCGAGAACAAGAGGAGGACGGUGACCACCAAUUGUUGGUGAUUUCUGCCGAGCCUUACGAGAACAUUGCCAUAAUAAUACCCAACAAGCACGAAAUUGACAAGCCGCAGGAUGAGGAUAAGAUGUCAGACACGUUCUGGUGGUUCUGGGAUCGCGACACGAAGGAAUACGUAUUGCAGUUUUUCUGGAAAAAGUCUUGA